AAUGCCAGGUACUAUUUCGACAAGUGAAAACAUUCUAUUUUUUGAGAGAAUAGCGCGUCCUUCCACUAAAAUAGGUUGCUUCUCUCCUGUUUUCUUUCUCCCAGCCUCCUUUCUUGUCCUUUCUUUCUUCACACACACAAAUAUGGUAAACUAGGUAGAGACUUUUCGUGAGAGAAACCCUAAGUUUUGUUUGCCGUUUCUGUUAUUUGUGAUUUUUGAAAUUCCCUAAUUCAUUGGAGAUUGAUUUCAAGGAUGAAUAUGGUUUCCGGUUUUCUGAUUCAAAGAGUCGCUAUUACGUUCCGUUGAAAUUAUGGAUCUUGGAGUGGUACUUUUUGGAUGUUUAUCUUGUACUAUAUGAUCUUUGUUUUUUGUAUUGUUUGUUUCCGUCUACUUUCUAUGUCCUAUUUUUUUCUUCGCAAAAUACUGUUUCCGUUUCUCUUUUUGGGCUUUUGUUUCGGCGUUUGGGCCUGUGCCCUGCUUAGUUUAUGGCCUUCUGUUCUGCCUAGAUUUUGGUCUUUUAUCCCGUUUGGAGGUUCUAUGAAAUGACGGAAAGCUGUCUGACCCUAUUUGCAAAUGCACUGUAAGUUGCUUCGAUUGUGGAAGUCUCUAAAUCUUUGUGUUCUCUUUUUGGAUACUGGUUUGUGAUCCAUUUUUUUGCUCGGGCCACGGAUUUAGUUUUGUUUUUAUUUUUUAGUGUUUUGGGUUGGGUUAUUUUGCAAUGGGUUUGCGUUGUUUUUAUAUCCGGUUUUCUUUUGAUAGUAUUUAAUUGUUUUUGUAUUAUACAUGUCACAUAAUUAAGAUUGAUUUCAAUAUUUUAUUAUGAAUCUUAAGUUCAAAAUUUUCUUUCGCCUUAUCAUUUUUGUUUUAGAUUCAAAUCUACGCUUUUUUACUCUUAUUUCAGUGUUUAUUUUUUUUUUUAGGAUUUUUGUUUUCUGCUUUACAAUUCACUGUUUGUUGUGUGUUUCGAGCCUAUAGAUCUCGGUGUGGUUGUUAUUUUUGUUUGUUUAUAGUUUAAUAUACGUUUUUUUAUUUUUGAAUUUUGUGUUUCCCUCUGUUUACUAUUUUAGCUAUUAUCUUACAAUCUAUUUCUUUUUAUUUUUUGCUUAGUAAAAAACUGUUGUGGAUUGGGUUAUUGGGAUUUUAUCGUUUGGGCUUGUGUUCCGCCUAACUUUUGUAGUUUUCUGUGUUUUUUGGUCGGGGUAUACUGGGCUUCUUUUAACCUUACUCCAAGCACUUGAUAAGCUACCAGUAAAUCUUACAGUUCUGCAGAUGUGUAGCCUGUGAAUCUUUUGCGUACUCAUAGAAAUGUUGAAAUACAGAAGAAAGCAAGGAGUUUAGUUGAUACAUGGAAAAAAAGAGUUCAGGUUGAGUUGGAUGCUAAAUACGGUCCAAAUCAGUCUGUUCCCUGGUCUGAUCUUGCUAAAUGUUGAAUCAAGCACUAUAGACCUUCUGAGGUUGCAGUGAAGAGUUCACUAACACAAUUCUCUGCAACUAAAACUGGUUUUCUUAAGCUUGUUCAAGGAGGGACUGCUACCAAGUCUGCUUCUGCAAUGCCGGUACCUAUGAAGGCAUCAACAUUGCCUGCUUCAGCCAGAACAAAGGCGCGAAAUGCUACUAUUGUUGGCACCUCUGAUCCUCAAACAACCACAAGGGAUGAGAAAAUCAACAGUUCUAGUGAAUCCCACAACAAUACUCUGUCAUGUUCAAGUGAUCAUGCGAAGAUGGGGGAAAUUCCAGUAAAGGAGGAUGCAAGAAGUUCUGCAGCUGGUUCAGGAACUGUGACUAAGAUCUCAGGUAGCUCAUCACGGCACCGGAAAUUCAUUAAUGGUUUGCCAGGGCCAUUGGGGGUUCAAAGGGAAACCGGACCAUGCAACAAUUCUUCUUUGCACAGAAAUUCUGCUCCUGGAAAAGUACCACAGUCCAGUUUAACAUGUGAAAAGGCGGUGGAUGCUCCUAUCGCUGAGGGUAAUGGUAAUAAGUUCAUUGUUAAAAUCCCAAAUCGAGGUAGAGGUCCAGCACAAAGUGUCAGUGGAGGAUUUCUUGAAGAUCAAUUGGUUACAAACAGCAGAGCUUCUUCUCCUGUGCUUUCAGAGAAGCAGGAACAAUUCAAACAAAACAUGAAGGGGAAGAGUGGUACUUACCAGGAAAAUGUUGUGACUAAUGUAAAUAAUGAAUCCUGGCAGAGCAAUGGUGUAAAAGAUCUGCUGACUGGGUCUGAUGAGGGAGAGAGUUCACCCGCAGCUGUUCCUGAUGAAGAAUACCGUAGAACCGGAGAAGAUCUUAAGAAAAUAACCGAAGUCACAAAAGUUGCUUCCUCAUCUUCUGGAAAUGAAAUUAAAUCAAGGCAGAUGCAGAGGGCUUCUUUGAAGUCCAUAAAUACUCUAAUUGAUAGUUUUGUUAAGUACACUAAAGCAAAUGCAUGCAUGCCAGUUGCGGAUGGUGCUGGAAUGAAUUUGCUUGCUUGUGUGGCUGCUGGAGAGAUUCCUAAGUCGGAUGUGGCUUCCGCAAUUGAUUCUCCACAAAGAAAUGCCCCUGUUGUUGAGCACUCUUCCAUGGGCAAUGAUACAACACAAGAACCUUCUGUUGGGUAUGAGGUUGUUCAAGAUCGAAACUUCUCUGUUGAAUGUGUAUAUGAUGAGCAUCUGAAGCAGAGUGUUGUUGCUGGUAAAUCAUGGACUAAAAAUGCAGAUUGUUCCCUCUCAAGAAACAUCUGGAGUGGAGCUGAAUGAGCAGUUAACUUCAUCAAUUAUUGAUCUACCAAAGAACAUCUGGAGAAAAAGGCUGGUGCUAUUGAUGAGGGCAAAUGAAGAUAAGGUUUCUGAUCUGGAUGUAAACCUUCAGAAAGAAGUGGUUGAAGGAUCUUCAUUGCACCCUCCAUGCCAUGGAAGUUGAUGUUGAGUGCAAAACAGAUGUCACUGAAGGUAUGGACAGAGGUUCACAUACUCCUGAGAAGUCACCAGCUAUUGUUGGACAUUCUACCAACGGAACAGAUAAAAAAGCAUCGCCUACCAGUUCUAAUGAUAUGAUGGAAACUUGUAAUGUAGUAAAGGCCGAGAAGGAUGUUGAGGCUGAUGUUCGUAGUCAAGUCAGUGACAAAGAGAAGCGAAAACCUGAUUGGGAAAUGGUCCCUGCCCAGAAAGUUGAGCAUAUGGAGGAAAAUUUAGAAGGUAGUGAGUGUCCUGCUGUGGACUGUUUCCUUGUGAGGCAUCCAUAUUAAUAGCUAUUUGGCUUGGUGUAGAGGAGCGUACAUCAACCACUGCAGAUACUCCUGCUACAUGUGCAGAUGCAAAAGUAAAACUUGCUACAUGUACAUUCCCUUUUAUAUUGUCAGAACUCUUUUACUAAAUUAAGAAAAAUGGAAGUUUGGACUUGAUAUAAAAAAAUGAAAACAUGAAAAAAUAUGUGAUUUAAAAUUUAAAUUAUGGACACAAAAUUUUAUGUAAUUAUAUAAAACCGAUCAUAAUAUGGAUACGGAAAUGGUAAAAUGUAAAUUUAAUGAUGUGAGAUGAAUGUAGUGCAGCUGAAAAUUUUGAAUAUGAACACAAUAAAAAUAUAUGAUAUGAAUACUUAAAUAUGUCAAACAAAAACUCAAACAUGACACGGAUCUACAAAUUGCAGAAGGUAAAUUUCAUCUUCAGAGAUCACUGUAAUAAGCUUAAAUUUGAAAAAGGAUAUGAACACCAAGAACCAAAAACUAUCUAAAGCAAAACAUCAACACCCUCAACAAAUCAAAACUUAUAUAAAUCCAGUUAUUAACAUGAAUACCUCAAACGCAAUUAUGAAACAAAAACACAACACGAUCAUAAUACCUUAAAACACAA